UCUCUCUCUCUCUCACUCUCAUACUCUACUAUCUUUCAUUUCAAGUUUUCAACUUCAACAACCUCUCUUAAAGAGUGUUUUGAUUUUCUAUAUUCCCCCCACCCACAAUCUUGCAUUAAUCAUGGCUGCUAUAGUGUAUUUAGUGCUUUUCUUUGCCAUGACCGGCCAUUCAAGUGCCCUUUAUUGUUUAUGUAAAGAUGGGGUAGGUGAUUCAGCUCUUCAGAAGGCUAUAGAUUAUGCUUGUGGAGCUGGAGCUGAUUGCACUCCAAUCAUCCAAAAUGGUGUUUGUUACAAUCCCAACACAGUGAAAGAUCACUGCAACUAUGCUGUUAACAGUUAUUUCCAGAAGAAGGGUCAAACUACUGGCAGCUGUGAUUUUGCAGGCGCUGCCGCAACUAGUGCCAACCCCCCUUCCAAUGUUGCAUCCACCUGUGUUUACCCUUCAACUGCCAGCAGCACAGGGACAGGAAAUGGCUCCACACCAACCACAACUCCAUCCACAACUCCCACCACCACAACUCCUACCACAACAACUCCUACCACAACGCCAACAACAUCAACCACACCUUCAACUACAACAGGCACUCCCAAUGUGUUUGGGGGCACCACUGGGUCUCUUGGCCCGACAGGGAGUGGCAUCACCGACUCUAGUGCCGGGCCUCGCUUUUCAACAACCACUCACUUCUUUUUCUCAAUGGCUGUGGCUUCAUCACUAGCAUUGCUAUGGGGUUGAAUUUAGUAUAGUAAAGUAAAGAGGAAGUGAAGUGGGGUUUGAUGUGAGUACCAGAUUUAGCCACGAAUGGAUGGGUAGACAUGUCAUUUCACAAUGGUCUAGAGGCAAAACCCCACUAGGGUUUUUUUCUUUUCUUUUUUUUUUUUUUUUUUGUUUUUUUCCUAUGUGAAAAAGAUGGGGAAUUGGAUUCCUUUCGGGUGAUAUAUAUGACUGCUAUUUGCGGCAGAACCUGAUCUUUUCUUUUUUAGAUUUUUCCUUCUGUAUAUCUAGGGAGAGGCAGUAUUUAUUAAUAUUUUUUCUAAUUUUGUUUAAUGGAAUCGGUAAUCACUCCCAGACUAUUUAAUU